AUGGAAUCACCUCUCGAAUUACAAAAUUAUGUUACUACUGAUGUAACAGACAAAUCUACAGUUUCUAAUUUCAGACUUCAAGUGGAAGAUUUGGCUUUUGGCUCGAUUGCUGGUAUGGUAGGCAAAGUCGUUGAAUACCCUUUUGAUACUGUCAAGGUGCGACUUCAAACGCAGUCUGUUGAGAAUCCGUUGUUCAAAGGUCCUAUGGAUUGCUUGAAAGCAACUGUAAAAGAAGAGGGUACCAAAGGACUCUUCAAGGGCAUGUCAUCUCCCAUUGUAGGCGCCAUGUUGGAAAAUGCCAUUCUUUUCGUGGGAUAUCGACAAAUUCAACGACACAUUCGAGAGAUAUCACCGCCAGUACAGACACCAACCACAGUGCUAGAUGACAAUGGAGAAGUGCCAUUGACAUUCAACCAAUUGGCAUUAGCUGGAGCUAUUGCAGGAUCAUUGGUGUCUGUGGUUUUAACGCCUGUAGAGCUGAUCAAAUGCAAAUUACAAGUGCAACAUAUGUUGGGAUCAACACAGUUUAAUGGACCGUUGGACUUGAUCAAGCAAACGUACCGAGCACAAGGCAUAGCAGCAUUUUAUCGUGGGUUUAUGCCGACAUUUGUGCGUGAGACUGGCGCCAGUGCAUUUUGGUUUGGUGCGUACGAGUAUACAUGUGCAGCAUUGAUAAAGCGUCGUCAAGAUGCCGUUGUGGACACUGGCACGGUGAUAUCCAAGAAGGAUUUGAGUGCGCCCGAGCUCAUGCUGGGUGGUGCCAUGGGUGGCAUUGCGUAUAACCUGUCCUUUUUCCCUGUGGAUGUGGUCAAAUCAAGAAUGCAGAUUGAAAAAGGUGGCCUCCAUGCUAAAUACAAGUCGUUUACACAAAUCUCUAAAGAAAUCUAUGCUGGUGCAGGUGUGAAGGGAUUCUAUCGUGGAUGUGCCAUGACAGCAGCCAAGAGUGCACCAGCCAAUGCCAUUAUUUUCAUGACCUAUGAACUGCUUACUCGUUAUUUGGGAUCGUCCUAA